AUGGAGCUCUCUAAGGGAAUCCGUGGGCGGACACAUUCUGCUGCGCUCCGUGUUCGCGCCCUGCUGAGAUUGCGCUGCACACUACUAGGCGCCGCCGCCCUCUUCGCCUUCUGUACUGACAUCAUGCGCAGGCAAAGGAGUAGAGCCGUGUGCGCAGACCUGGCCACAGCUUCGGGGCGUGGCCGUGGAGGUCCAGAACUAAAAGUAGGUUCUAAGCAGGCCCUCCCCUCGCCCCCUGCCAUCCGCGUCUUCCCGGACCCCAACGCCUACGUAGGUGCAAAGAUGCUCCUGAGACACGAUCGCUCUUUCAACAGGACGCGCACACGAACGGAAAGAAGUAGCAUGUCGAAGCGGCGCAGGUGUCCAAAAAAGCAAAGCAACAAGUCUGUUGCUAGCAUUCAGGAAGGACAUGAACCUAAGGUGACUUGCCUGUCGUGCAGUGGUCACCAAGUACGCGGCUUCUCACUGGAGUGCAGUGGCGCCCUGGCAAUUUGUGAGGAGCGCGGUGAGCAGGCGCACGAUCUGCGGAUUGGUGAAGCUUUGAACAGCGACGGAGCGCAGCUUCAACAGGAAAGCGGCCGGGCGCGCACCUGGUUGGUGAGGUGA